AUGUUGCUCUUACAUAUUUUACGAACAUUACAAUUCACUUUUGCUGCAAUAGUUUUUGUCAAUGAUGCCAUUAUUUCGACCGGUUAUUUGGAGUACAUGAAUGGCAGUCCACCUUAUCCCGCCUACCUUCUUAUUCCAAACAUCAUCACGCUUUUAUUAAGCGGAUAUUACAUGAUAUCAAUUGAAAAGCAAUGGAAAAAAGUGCCAAAUAAAUGGGAUUUUAUAUGUCAGGGAUUCCUACUUACCAUAUGGGUUCUUUAUUCCGUCUUUAAGUUGACGCAUGUAACUGGGUUCGAAAUUUGGAGCAAAAGCGAAAUGCUUCCAAGAGUGUUACCUUGGGAAAAGGGUGAAUUGGAAACGUUAGUUUUUGUCGGCAUAGAAAUCGGUAACGCAACGAUUGCUUUUGGCUACGUUAAUAUGUUUUUAUGCUUUAUUUCAUUCAUCACUUUAAUAUGGACGUAUUGGUCAAGUCAAUCACGAGGUGAUAAGAUUGAUGUAAUUACCGCCAAUCAUGUCGAGACCAAAUUUUCCCCACAAAAUAUUGUAUGA